GACUGAACUUCGCGGCAGCAAGAUUGCUGGUCAGCACCACACAGGAAAAGUCGUGGACAAACACACAUUAAAUAAUCUUUCGGAGAGAAGUUUUCGUUUACUGAUUACUUUCAAAAGUUACAUGUGUUACGGAUGAAUGGAAGUAGAAGGAAGCUUUUGUGGAUCCAAACCAUGCAGUGAUCGACCUGCCUUUUUAUAAUUAAAUCAAUCUAGACUAGAGCUAGGCUGAAGCCUAAGCAUACGCCUAGGGUCAGGGUAAGUACUCAGCGCUGUAGUCGUAGUACAGUUGCUCUUCUACGCAGGUCAUGACACACUGACUCUAGUCUACGUCAGUUAUAACUUUGUAAAGACGAGUAAGAAUAGACAAAUAAUGUAAGACACGAAAUUGUAACUGAUAUAACGGCAUUAAGAGUUUUUUUGUUUUUUUUUUAAAGUAUAUUGUAAUGUAUACUUCAAUAGAAUAGACUAUUAUUGGCAUUAUUGGUAUUGGCCUAGGCCUAGGUUUUAAAAUAAAGUUAAUUACAAACAUCUAUGGCAAUAUCAAUUAUCAUAUAGAGUGUAUUAGUAUAAUAAGUUAGGCAUAGGCCUAUGCCAUUAGGACCUGUUAGUGUCAUUUUGGUUUGGGUGAAAUUUAAUCAUUUUGACUAAUUUACUGUAAAUUAGUGUAAAUGCACCACUGAGGUUCUGUGUAGGAUUCUCUCCCUUUUGAUUUUGUUUAUUCUUGGAUUGUUACCAGAGUUAACUUUUAUUUUUUUUAAUAUUAGGAAUAAUAUAAAUUAAUAUUUCAGUGGUUGAUUGAUUAUAAUAUUUAAAACUGGCUGAUUUUUCAGGCAUUUUGAAAAAUGGGUUAUGAUUUUUUCUGACAACCUUUGGAUUUUACUUUUGGUGGGACCUGCAACAAAGUGUGUAAAAAUUAAAGUAAAAAGUGUAUUUGAUGAAAAUUUAAGUUGGGUUUUAUUGUUGAUAAUUAAAUACUUUUAAUCAUUUUAUUCAAAUAUAUGAUUUUCUCAGUACUAGUACAGUAGUAAGUACAAUGUGUAACUGUAGUACAUGUAGGCCUAUAUGUCGUGUUAUGGUUCACUUUCGGCGCUAGCUCAUAGCUUACAGAAAUUCUAAAACGUUGUCAAACUGAACUGCGGUCCAUUGUCUGAGCACAACCUGCGGGGUACUCCAUGACAUGGGAAUACACUUUUCAAGGCUCGCACUAUUGCUCAGAUUCUUCGGCUAAAAGGAAGAUCGGAUGCCACGACGUCUUUUGCAUGUUUAUUAAAGUUGCCGUGAAUUAAGGUUAAGGUUAGGUUUAGGGAUACAAUUACUUAGAUUUAGUGACAGAAUUAACUGGUCUUGUCAACCAAGAUGGUGGCCAAUCUUGGCAUCCCAUCUUCCAAUUUACCAAUUCUUCUUAGGACAGUGUUUCCAAGUCAAUGAACUUUGAAUGGUUAUCUACUAGAAGCACAUACUUUUCUCUUUCAAAUUGAAAUACAUCUCUUCCAACCAUGCUAUAUGCAAGGUCCGGUGUCUUAGUAGGAUUAGAGGUUCUGCAACUCGUUCAUUUUGGUGUGCAGCAGAUCUGUCAUACUCUUUUACUUUCAGUUAAAUGUCUGUGUUCAUACCAGGCCAAAACAUAACUUCCCUAUCUCUUUGUUUGCACUUCACUAUCCCUAAGUGAGAUUUGUGUAUCAGCUUUAACAUGUCUGAAUGCAUGCUUGGCAGUAUCACAAUUCUAAGACCUUUGUAUCACAAUUCUAAGACCUUUGUAUCACAAUUUUAAGACCUUUACAUCACAAUUCUAAGACUUUUAUGUAUUAUGCCAACUGACUUUGACAAUUGAUCACGCGAGUCCCAAUAUGACCCAACUUCAAUUGGAGUCUCGCUUCUCUUGUCCGGCCAUCCUGACAUGAUGACUUCACUCAGCGUUGUCAGUUCUUUGUAUGUAAAGUUCUUAAUUUCAUUGCACUUAUCAUUUCUAAUGACUCAUCUGUAAAUUCAUUAGGUUCAUGUAUAGGAGUGAUGAAUUCCAUUUCUUUGAGUUUAUUAAUGACUUUGCUGCUCAGCAAUGCCGCUAAACGACGAGGGGAAUGGAUUACUCCUUUUGCAUUCCCUUCGAGAUGAAUAUUGUAUUCUCCUGACAGUGUUUCACUUGUUUUCCUUAUUUCUGGAAAGUCACUCGUUAACUCAUUCUCUGACGUUAAGUCAUUCUCUGACGUUAAGUCAUUCUCUGACGUUAAGUCAUUCUCUGACGUUAAGACAUUCUCUGACGUUAAGUCGUUCUCUGACGUUAAGUCAGCUCUGUUCACUUGCAGUAAUCCUAGGCUUUCUGCUCACUUGAUCAACUAACAUGUCAUCAGUGUUGUCAUACUCACAUCCAUUAGCAACAAUGCAAUGUCUUUGACAUAAUUAUCAAAACUUUUGCCUUCUGGUGGUUAGCUCUGAUGGGUUCUCAAUCUGUAAACUCUCUUGUUCUGUUUGGGACAAACAUCCUCUUCUAUCUUUUUUAAUAAGAUGUUGAGAUUAUCUCGGUCUCCUUCCUUGAACACAAAUUUUCGGUAUAUUUGCCAACCCUGCUUGUUGAUCCGUAUUCCAAACCAUCCAGCUUUGCUUUUGUCAUCAGUUGAGGCCAGCAGAUCUUUGGAGAUGAAUUCUACUUGCUGCUGAAACCUUUAGAACUCCUGAAACUAGUCCUGAAGCUUUGAGACUUGGUUUUUCAAAGUGCCAUACUGCUGCCAUGGUGAACAUAAAUUAUAUCGAUAUGGACCCUUUGAAUCUUGCUAUGGAAAUUAUAACGAUAUGGAGCCUUCGAGUCUUGCUAUGGAAAUUAUAACGAUAUGGAGCCUUCGAGUCUUACUAUGGAAAUUAUAAUGAUAUGGAGCCUUCGAGUCUUGCUAUGGAAAUUAUAACGAUAUGGAGCCUUCGAAUCUUGCUAUGGAAAUUAUAACAAUAUGGAGCCUUCGAGUCUUGCUAUGGAAAUUAUAACGCAAUUUUAAGUAUUGUGCACUGAAAUUCGCUGACUAAUCUGUGCAUUAUCAUUGAAUCUUUACAGAGCUAGUCCUUUUUUUUCUGAUACAAUGGGAGAUGUUGGUAGAUUUAUUCUGACACCAUGUAAUAUUUUUAUGUUCCUAGGAAGGUAAACAUAUUUAAUUCUCUAUUUACAUCACGUGAGUCCCUUAUUUGACAGCUACUUUUCCAUUAAUGAUAUUAUUUAUUUUGUUCUAGGCUACGCGGAAGCUAAAUACAAGAAGAGUUGAUCUAAUUAGUUUGGCAAGAGUGACUUUCAAGCACAAGUGUCCUCUCAAAUAUGAAUCUCAGCUUGCCUUACCUUGAGGCAGUGGACAUUCCCUUGUGGUCAAUACUCAUACCACUGUCCAUUUAUCUACUUUACCUGUAAGUAUUACAUAAAUAUGAUUUAGUUAACCACUCAAUUCUUUAUUUAUAUGUUUAAAUUUUGCAUUAAGUGUUAAAAUUUCCAAGUAAUUUAAUGAUACUUAAUGUGAAAGGAAAAAUAAAGUGAAGACUGCACAAUAAAUUUAGUUUACAAAAUUAUUGCUGAUCGGCCAAGCAACUUUACCCACUAGUAGAUUUGUACCUAAUCACAAUCAAAAAAAAUUUUAAAAAUAGUUAAAGUUUUAAAUGUGGACACAUGCCUCCAGUAAUAAAAAUGCAGUGGUAUUUAAAUUACCCAACUAGUUUGAAGUCAGGGCUGUUAUUUUAUAGACACCAAAUAUAACAUUGGACAAGUCUGUUAAAAUUUAUGAAAUUAUUAUUGUGGGGUAUUUAUGUUUUUUACAAUAACUUAUAUCAAGAUUACUUGUGUUUGAAUAACUUUCUGGGUAGUUUCUAAGGAUUUUUGAUAAUCCUUGAUAUUUGAUAAUCCUUGAUAAUCCUUCAACUAAACCAUUUUAUCAUUAUAAAUUCUUAAAACUAUUCAAAUUCAACGUUUAUUAUAACAGGUACAAUUUAUAAAACUUUUAUUUGCGUGAUAAAGCUGUUACAUAUUGUACAUGGACAGGCGGCAAAGGUUAUAUUUUUCAGAAAUCAUUUUUGCUUUUUUAGAAUAAAAUGAAAAGUUUAAAUCGUCUCUUGACCAUAAAAUCUUUAAACCUUCGAGUGAGUUUAAUUUUAACCUGUUGCAAAUAUUUUACUCACCUGAUCCUCAUUGACACAUCAAAAACUCUACCAUUUUCAUCUUCUAUUGGAUUAUAUUUAUACUUUUUUUCUUUCUUUCUUUCUUUCUUUCUUUCUUUCUUUCUUUGAUCAUUUUCACCAUAUUGUCUCUUUACUAUUCUGAUCAUUUCUCAGUUUUGUUUUCCUCAUAAAACUUUGCAGUUCCAUGUUGUGCCCUUUUUUUUCAAGAUUAUCCCCCAUUAUUUUUUCCCCACAAAAAAAAAUUAAAUUAGGAUAGACCACUCUUCAAAUCAUACCCCAAUGUUAAACAUGUCAUCAAUCUGCCCUUGAAAUUUGUUUUUUUCUGCUGUAACAACCACUUUCCCUGUUGUCUCAAUCAGAUAUGGCACAAGUCCAUUUAAACUCUGGAAGAAAUUGGGUGUACCUGGCCCAGCACCUGUUCCCUUCUUUGGAAAUACCAUGGACCUGUAUGGUCCUGACAGCUCCAAGGCAGCUUAUGCCAAGUGGCAUUCUCACUAUGGGAGAGUUUAUGGAAUCUAUUUUUUCCGACAUCCGGCUCUGGUUGUAACCGACCCAGAAUUGAUGAAGCAGAUCCUUGUCAGAGAUUUCAACAGUUUCAGGGAUCGCAUGUCCUAUGAUGGAAAUAUUCUCCUGAAUCAGGAGGUGGCGUCAGGGGUGUUCUAUGCCAAGGGGGAUGUUUGGAAAAGAAUCCGCGGGAUUGUCAGUCCAUCUUUUAGUAUUGCCAAAAUUCGUGCCAUGACUGGGAUGGUGAACAGAAGUGCCGAGCGUCUGGGCGAGCAUGUGUUGAAUUUUGCUAAAGAUGGUAUCCCCUGGAGUGCCAAACUUUUUUAUGGGGCUUACGCUCUGGAUGUUGUGACGGGAACAGGCUUUAGCAUUGAUGUGGAUUCUGUGAGCAACUUGGAUGAACCUUUUACAAGACACGGUCGAAGUCUUUUCAUCUUUAAAAACUCUGUCAAAUUUCUGGCAUUCUUAGCCGGAUCUCUGCCGGCAGUCAUGUCCAUCAUCAACAAGUAUCUGAAGGUGGGUUUUUUUAAAACUGAGGUGAGGAUAUGGACUUUUUUGAUGAAAGUAUCAAGUACAUGGUGAAGGAGAGAAAAGAGGACUCUAGCAAACUGAAAUACAAUGACUUCCUGCAGCACCUUAUCAGCGCUGAAGCCGAGACGGGGAGAGAUGAUGUGGGGUCAAAGCUAAGCCCAGAGGAGAUUGUUGCUCAAGGUAUAAUGUUGUUUAUCGCAGGAUACGAGACAGCGUCCAGCACGCUGCAGUUUUUAACAUACGAACUGACCAAACACCCUGAUGUCCUGAGCAAAAUAAUGGCCGAGAUCGAGGAGGUCAUUGGCACCCAGGAACCAACUUAUGACCUAUGCUUGAACCUUAAGUUCACAGAGGCGGCCAUUAAUGAAACACUGCGGUUGUACCCUCCUCUCUCUGUACUAACACGUCAGUGCAGCCAGCCCACCACGUUAAAUGGCUGGGACCUACCUGCGAACACAGCCAUCGUCAUGCCACUGUACAACAUACAACGGGAUCCCGAGUUCUGGAAGGACCCAGACACAUUCAACCCUGACCGUUUUGUUGAGGGAAGCACUUCGUAUGAACCUUACAACCCAUUCACAUACAUCCCUUUUGGUGUUGGACCUCGACUUUGUGUGGGCAUGAAGCUGGGUAUGCUGGAAAUGAAACUGGCGUUGAUCCAUAUUUUAAGAAGGGUGUUGUUCACCAAUGCGACCCCUGAAAAACUGCAUAUCAACGACUUCACAUCAAUUCUUCAGCCAUCAAUUCCUAUCAUGAUUCACGCUACUCCUCGAUGUUAGUUCACAUUUCAAGCAAGGGCCUCCUCGCAGCAUGGAACUUGUAGCAGCUGAUAAAUCAAUUGAAAUAUACUUACACACACAUAUGUCCACACGACAUAGUUUUCCAAUGAUCAGACUUGUGAUCAGUUGUCUUCUUUUUUGGCCUCUUAUAUUGUGUUUAAGCUUUAUUAAUGUAAUGGGAGGAGGAGGGGAUUUAUGGUGUCAUAUUGACUAUUUCUUUCCUCUGUAUUGUACAGGUUACCAAAGGAAUAUUUUAUAUUAAACUAAAUUAAUAGUAAAAAUUUUGGACCAAAAAGUUUUGAUAUGAUACAUUUCUCCACAUUCAAUAAAAAAAAUGUAUAUGAUACAUUUCUCCACAUUCAAUAAAAAAAAUGUAUAUGAUACAUUUCUCCACAUUCAACAACAUUUUUAUAUCAUACAUUUCUCCACAUUCAACAACAUUUUUAUAUCAUACAUUUCUCCACAUACAAUAA